AUGUUCUUCUUUCCGUCACCCGGUCUCGGUGCCCCUCGGCAAUCCCGCGAGGGACUUGUUCGAUGGCGUUCUCGGGGUGUGAUGACGCGGGGGUGGGGGCAAGUUGCGCCAAAGAAGACCACCGAGCGGGGAACAUCCCGACACCAUCCCGUCUGGACCGUCUCUAGCAACUUUAGUCUCAAGGGGUUUUCUUACGAACGGGUCCCGGCUGUCGGACGUCGUCUUGCUUGGCGGGAGCCAUGCAGAGUUAAGUGGGGGGAGAGAAGACGGGAGGAAAAGGCCGGAAAAAGAGGUUUACAUAAGGCCAAUUCCGUGACAACGGACCGUGUUAGACACCCCUCAUUAUCAUCACCGCAGUUACUUACUUGCUCUACAACAAUGACGUUAGCUCAGUCUUUCAAGCUUCUUUCGGGACACGAGAUCCCAGCAGUUGGCCUGGGCACCUGGCAAUCCAAGCCCAAUGAGGUCAAGAACGCCGUUGAGCAUGCACUCAAGUCGGGGUACCGCCACAUUGACGCGGCAGCCGUUUACGACAACGAGAAGGAAGUCGGCGAAGGUCUCAAGGCUUCUGGCGUCCCAAGGAAAGAUAUUUUUGUCACCAGCAAGCUUUGGAACACCCACCACAAGGCAGAGGAUGUUGAGACCGCACUAGACAUUACCCUCAGCGACCUGCAGACUGACUACGUUGACUUGUACCUGAUUCACUGGCCCGUAUCCUUCAACAAAAAGGACGAUGCCACCCGGUUUCCCCUGCAUCCCGUCACCGAGGCCGUCGACGUCAUCGACGUCCCGGUGAUUGAGACGUGGAAGGCAAUGGAGGCCCUCGUCAAGAAGGGCAAGAUCCGUUCCAUCGGCGUUUCCAACUUCACCCGCGAGAAAAUUGAGGACCUUUGGGACAAGGCCGAGAUCAAGCCUGCGGUGAACCAAAUUGAGGCGCACCCGUACCUGCAGCAGCCCGACCUCCUUGCCUGGUCCAAGGAAAAGGGUGUUGUGGUCACGGCGUACAGCCCCCUCGCUAACAACAUUUACAACCUGCCUCGUGCCGUUGACGACCCCGCCAUCGCCGAGUUGGCCAAGUCCCUCGGUAAGGAGCCAGCGCAGCUCAUUAUCAGCUGGUCUGUCCAAAGAGGCACCGUGGUGUUGCCCAAGUCCGUUACUCCCUCAAGAAUCGAGAAGAACUUUGAAGUGUUUGAGCUCCCCAAGGACGUUUUUGAGAAGAUCAACGCCUUGGACAGGAAGCACCGCUACAACUUUCCAGCCCGCCUCGGUCAAGACAUCUUUGGCGAGUCGGACCCAGAAACGCUGAAGAAGGCGGUAGAAACUUGGCGUUGUAAUCUCAAUUUCAUAGAGCCGGGGAUAGAUCUUCAGAGUUUCCGCAAACCACCAAUGACUUCCUACACCGGAGACCCCGCACCACCCCUCCAUACCCUGGCAAUAGACUCGGGUGGUGGUGUACCGAACCCCGCACGCCUCAUCCCACCCUUCUCCACCGCUGCGUCUAGCCGGGUAAUGCCCAUGUUCCCUUCUCUGACGGGGGAGGGAUAUGCGAUUCGGAGGCGGAUCGGGAGACGAGAGGCGGCUGAGGAGGCGGGUCGGAGAGGUUCCGGACUUCAAGCCGACUUUCCCGUCAUUCAACUCCGUCAAGCUCCGCUUUGUGGUGGUAAUAUCAGCUCACGAUUGCCUCAAGUAAGCUGGUUGAAGCGUCUAUCAGAACCCUUACGAAAGUUCGCAUACGUCAUUGGCAGCAAGACUCCAGUCACCAUGGGUAAAAUCGCAAAGAUGGAGUACUUCCGAGUACCACCCAGGUGGUUAUUCGUGAAGAUCACCGACGAGGCGGGCAACGUCGGCUGGGGCGAAGCAUCUCUCGAGGGCCACACUCAAGCCGUGGAAGGCUGUCUCGACGCCUGGUUUGAGAGGUACUCGGGCAUGGAAGCUGAUGAUAUUGAGCACAUUUGGCAAAUGUCGUGGCGGACAACCUUCUACCGUGGCGGUCCAGUCUUCAUGAGCGCAUUGGCAGGCAUCGAUAUUGCCUUGUGGGAUCUCAAGGCGAGAAAGCUGGGCCUGCCAAUUUGGCAGCUUCUGGGAGGAAAGGUCAGAGACAAGCUCAAGGUCUAUGCAUGGAUUGGUGGUGACCGACCAAACGACGUAGAACAGCAGGCACGAGCCCGCAAGGAACAGGGAUUCAAGGCCGUCAAGAUGAACGGCACAGAAGACCUCGGCUGGCUCGACUCCCCCGACGCCCUCGACGCAGCCGUCGAACGCGUCAAGGCCGUAAAAGCCCUCGGCAUGGACGCCGGCGUCGACUUCCACGGCCGCGUACACAAGCCCAUGGCCAAGCAACUCGCAAAGGCCCUAGAGCCGCACCGUCCGCUCUUCAUCGAGGAACCCCUGCUAUCCGAGCACCUGGGCGGCAUCAAGGAGAUCAGCCACCUCACCUCGAUCCCGAUUGCCCUCGGCGAGCGUCUACACAGCCGCUGGGACGUGAAGCCGUUCCUCGAGGCCGGGUGUGUGGAUAUCCUGCAGCCUGAUAUUUCUCACGUCGGUGGAAUUUCCGAGAUGCGAAGGAUCGCGGCGAUGGCGGAGGCGUAUGAUGUUGCGCUGGCGCCGCAUUGUCCGCUGGGACCGAUUGCAUUGGCUGCGAAUGCGCAGGUUGAUUUUGCGUCGCCGAACUUUGUGAUUCAGGAGAUGAGUUUGGGGAUUCAUUACAAUAGCACGGGUCAGGACCUGACGAGUUAUACUCAUAACCCGGAGGUGUGGAAGGUUACGGAUGGCUAUAUUGAUCUUCUUACUGGGCCUGGCUUGGGCAUUGAGAUUGAUGAGGCGCAAGUUCGUGAGUUAUCUAAGGACGCGAAGGCUUGGGUCAGCCCUGGAUUCAUUGGACCUGGUGGAGAGAUCAGAGAGUGGUAG